AUGGCCGUCGCCGUUGUCGUCGUCGGCCUCUUGCUCGGGGUCGUCGUCUCGCCCAUCGCCGCGGCCGUUGCGACCAUCUACCUCGAGGCCAACUACAGCGGCUUGUCGCUCGACCUGGACGUCUUUAGCGGCAACGCGAGCCUGCCGUGGUCGCUCGGUAUUGCGUCGUUGCGUAUCUCGCCAGGGUACGAGGUCGUGGGCUACGAGGCGCCGGCGUUCCAGGGCUACUAUAUGGUCUGGGAUGAGGACGCGCCGUCGCUCGGGUCGAUUUGGUCGUCGCGCAUUCUGUCGUUCAAGGUUCGCCCCGUUACGAACGACCUCGUGCUGUCGCCCAACAACCUCCAAAACGUCGUGAGUGUCUACCAAGCGAGCAACUUUUCCGGGCAACGGCGGUCGCUGCACCUCGGAAAGGCCACGUUCAACUCGCCGCUGGCGCGCGCCGUCAUGUCGAUCAAGGUCACCCCAGGAUACCUCUUUGUCGCGUUCGACGGACCUGACCAAUCGGGCAAGUCGACGUCGUUUGCAGCCGACGCUGAGGCGCUUGCGACGUGGGACGCUCGCAUUCUAUCGUACGACCUUCGACGAGUCUCCAAUGCGACGGUGACACCAGCAACGCUCGUGCCACCGCCGCGCCCGUCGACACCACCCACCCCGACAUCGACCGACGAAGCGACCAAUUACACCACCAUCAUCCUUGUGUGCACGGCCGCCGUCGUCGUUCUUGUCGGUCUCGUCGGUCUCUGCCUCUUGCGCCGCAUCAAAGCUGCCAAAUCCAAAGGCACGUCGACCUCCCAGGGCGCCACAUCGCGUCACAGCCAGGACGAGAGUGCGUCACUGGCGAUCUCGUUUGACGCGAUCUACAAGCUCGCGUUGGACGGCUCGCUAUUGUCGCUCGAGCAACUCAUUGGCUGUGGCGCGUACGCUGAAGUGUGGCGAGCCUCGUUCCAGUCACAGCCCGUCGCGGUCAAGACGCUCCUCUCAAACCGCGCGACAAACCAAGGCAUAUCAGAUUUUGUGCACGAAAUUGCACUCAUGGCCAGCUUUGACUCGCCUUACAUUGUCCGUGUCCUCGGCGCGACGUGGCAUCGCCCGUCGGACCUCAAGUGCAUCAUGGAACUCAUGAACCUCGGCGACCUCAAAGACUACUUGGCGCACCAUUCGCCCAGCGCGUAUCCGUGGAGCCAGAAACUCGCUGCGAUCCAAGCGAUUGCCAAUGCGCUGGU